UUGUUCUGCCCUAUCUGAUUGUCUCGUUACAAUGUCCUUCGGAGAUAGCACAACUUCAAUGGAGAAUAAACCGAGUUCUGAUCAUUUCCACCAGUCUCAAUGGCUUCAAGCAACUAUAUCAGAUUUGGAUGAGAAAAUGAAGGCCAUCGUGACCAUUUUAAAAGAGGACCAUUGUUCAGAUCAAGGAGCUGACAUGCAUCAGAAAGGGAGAAAAGAUCUCAAACAGAUGCUCGAAGGGUUAAGCAAAUCUUACCAGGCUUUAGCCAUAGCAUAUGACCAAUUGAAGUCUGAAACAUCCAAUACUUCUCAUUCAGAGUCCUCUUCAUUUUCUAAUAAAACAAUAACCCUCUGUGCUACCUGCAAUGAAAAAGCAACAAGCAACAUACGAGGCCGAAACCUCGAGGAUGGCUUCAAAUGUCAUCUAAAAUCUAUCGUCAAAGGUCCUGAUAUAAAAUUUGAUGGUAUAGACGUUAAUUAUGGGCAAAUGAAAAGGCUAGAAGGUGUUCAUGGACUGAUAUCAGCUGUUAAGCCAAGCAGCGUGAUCUGUAAAGCAGGAUUAGAAUGCAAAGGCACUCUAGAAGAAGAAAUAAUGACCGAUUCUUCCACCAACGAAAACUUCCUUUCGGAGAUUGAGGGCCUUGAAUCAAGUCAAACGAUUGAAGAUCCAUCAAUGAGUCGUUGCAGAUUUGGCAAAAUAUGGUCCGGCCUAGAUUUUCAAAUUACACAACUUGUAGAGGAUAAUCUGCAACAGCUGGUAGAGUUGGUGAGAAGAAAUGAUGAGAAGAGGGAAACCAUUAAAAAGCUCCAAUUAGACAUUGAAGCAUUGAAACGCGAGAACGAGGUCCUUCAGAUUUCUUCCAGAUACUCAAAUGCUGAUUCAGAACAUGACCAACCACAGACUUCAAGACGUGGAGGAAUAUCGGUGAGCAAGCUCUUCAGAGGCUGUUCUCCAUGAUAUCUUGUUCCAAGCAACAAAAUGGUUAUGAUAUAUUCUAGAAGAACUUCACCAAUUUUCCCACAAGCAAAUAACCAUUCGUGGUAUUGAGGGCAUUAUAGUUUACUACAAAAUUUUCUGGUUUUUGGCGAUGAUUUCAACAUAAAUGAAUGACGAGUUAGCAAUAAAAUUCUACCUUUUGGAA